GGAGACGAGCUCACAGUCUGAUGGAGACGUACCUACGAUGAAACGUAGUCAGUUUAUCAGCAUGAACAUUAAACGACUAUUCGUAUACUGUCAAAUCGCGCUGAGUCCUUCAACUGGUGGUCACGUUUGCUCUCGAGCAGCUCCGUAAGGAGACGCACACAAAAAAAGAAGAUAAAAAAAAGCCGAGUAAUUUCAGAGAAGCCCUGCUGAAGAGUGGGGAGCGUGCAUGAAAUGAAGACAAACGAUGACCUGCAGAUUAACACAACCUCCUGUAGGAAAACCUGACCUUUUUUAAAUAAUACUUUCCUGGCUUCUCUUUCUGUAUGCCUACUGUGCUUCUGUGUCAGCAUGAUGGCGGCAGACUGCAACAAUGGAAGUCCCACACAAACGCAUCAGAGUCACAGCCUCCACAGCUUGCCUCUGGUUCAAAACUUUGGGAAAAGGUCCGUCAGAACAUUUUUUGACUUCAGUCACACAAAUGCACCUGAAAAUCUGGAUGCCAAGUGCAUACCCCUGUUAUUUUUAACCAACCUAAGCCGCAUCUCAAAGGUCAAAGUGGUUAGCUUCCUCCUGGGCUCCACAGUGACAUUUCUCAUCAUGGCGUCGUAUGUCCUGAUGUGGGACAAGAAAGGACCAUUGGUUACUGCCAUACCCUAUGACCUCAGACCUGUUGUCAUCCCAACCAGCACACUCACAGAUGAGGUUUCCUUUGAAAAGAGUUUAAUAGACACCACAUUCCUGGAGACGAUUGUCAGCUCCAUUCAGAAAUACACAUCCAGGAAGGUGCCUGAUGAAAAGGAUGUCAUUGGCACAGACUCCCAUGUGUUUUCAGUAUUCCCUCACCAUUUCUUGCCUGGCAUCAAGAGCCCCUGCUGGUAUGAAGAGCUCUCCAAUAAACUCAGCGCAGUCUCCGGUAUUCCUAUCAGGGAUCCGUACAAGAGGAACCGCUUUAGAAUGUUCUCAAGUAGUUUCAGGAAUGUGUGUGACCAUUUGAGUGCCAGCUUCCAUGAACAUCUAUCCCACAGAGACGGCAAACAUUUUCGUCUGCGCUGCUUGCCGUACUUUUACAUCAUUGGCCAACCGAAGUGUGGUACGACAGAUUUGUUUCACAGACUGCUGAUGCAUCCGGAUGUCAGAUUUAACACCAUAAAGGAGCCGCACUGGUGGACCAGGAAACGGUUUGGUUACAUCCGCUUCAAAGAGGGCUUCCAGGGAAAUUAUCCUGUGGAAGAUUAUCUGGAUCUGUUUGACUUGGCAGCCCACAACAUCCAAGAAGGAGUCAGUAGGAACUCAUCUGGUCUUACUCAAGAUCACAGUGCCCUGCAAAUCAUAACAGGUGAAGCCAGUGCAUCCACUAUGUGGGAUAACCAAGCUUGGAGCUUUCUGCAUAGAAACAGGGAGGAAACAGAACCUCUGUUCAUGGUCCAGGACUUUAUCCACGCUGUCCAACCUGCUGCCAAAAUCAUCAUCAUGCUUCGAGAUCCAGUAGAAAGGCUUUACUCUGACUACUUGUACUUUACCAUGGCCAACAAGUCAGCUGAGGACUUCCAUCAGAGGGUCACAGAGUCGGUUCAGCUGUUUCAGUCUUGUCUCUCUGAGUGGUCACUCCGUUCCUGCACUUACAAUACCAGCCUCUUCAAUGUCAUGCCGGUGAGACUAAGUCUGGGGAUGUACUUUGUCUUCGUACUGGAUUGGCUAACAGUUUUCCAUAAAGAACAGAUUUUAGUUCUUCGGCUGGAGGACUAUGCAGCCAACCUUAAAGUGACAAUGAAGGAAGUUUUUGAUUUUCUAGGUGUGGGCUCUCUGUCAAGGAUGGUGGAGACAGAACUGACUAAACGGCCAAUGUCUAACACCCGGCGAGCAAAAGACAGAAAACUUGGGCCUAUGCUUCCAACCACCUGGAAUUUCCUAAGCAAAUUUUACCAACCCUUCAAUGAAGAGCUGGCCAGAGUGUUAAACAACAAUGCCUUCCUCUGGAGUACCAGCUGAAAGAGCUCGAGAACAGAUAAAGUUAAAUUAUGUUGAAUGAUUAGAGCACGACCAGGAAGCUAAAGCUGGACUUUCUGCACAAAGAAAUUAAUUCAUUGUCGAAUCAUAUGUGAUAUUUAUUUGUUUUUGAAGCAAUAUGAAUGAAACAAGUCAAGAAAAAUAACUAACAGGGUGUUUCUUAAUUUAAAACACAAAAUACAGAAUUGAAUAUUAAAUGGUUGCAAUGUCCUGAAAUGAAUUUGACUUUUACAUAAAUCAAAAUUCACCUCCAUCCUCAUGGUUUAUUUCCCUUGAAUCUUGUUAUCAAGAUACAAAAAACAAACAAACAAACAAAAAACAUUUUAUACUAUAUAAUAAUUUACACUAUUUAUAAAUUUCAUCAGUCUGAGAUAGUCAACAAACCUUAAAUGCAAAAGGAACAUGACGUGUGUAUAGGCAACAAGUUCUGUUUUAAAGUAGACAAACAGCAGGGUGCCGGGUGGCCAACCCUAAAAUAAAAAAAAAAUAGUUAAAACUAAUUUCCUGGAUUUUUCCAUCACCCGAACUCUUGGAUAAUGUAAGGGGACAGGUUAUGUCCAGUUUCCCCUUUUUCAUUCUCCACAUUUUCUAUUUUUCAUUAGAUUUGAUAAUUUUUCAGUGGAUUAGACUGAAAUCACAACAGACAUUAAAAGAUAGGAAAAAAAAAACAAAACAAAAACCCCAAAACAAAGCAAAAACAAAUAAAACCAAAAUCAAUUGUCCCAACAUACAGUUGCUAAAACUUAAUAAACACCACGUUUAAAAAAAACUUUCACUGAAAUAUGAAGAAGCAUUGCCUGAAAAUCAAUUUGUCACUUUUCUGUACCUGGUGACACCUAAAACUGAGCAGUUCUAGGAGAAUCAAAAUAAUAAUGUUUUGAUGACUGUUUUUUUUUUUACAAAUUGAUCUGAUGUAUAUUUAUUUUACAGUGUUCUAGUAAAAUGACAAAUAAUGGCCUUUUUAUGUAUAUUUGUCAGUGAAUACAUGGACAGCAAUGUUAUGCGGCUCUCAUAGAGCUUCACAUUUUAAUAACAUGGUCAUUAUACAAGAUUUCAUAAAUAAAUUAAGCUCAAUAGAUUAAACUUGGAAGAUUUCCUCCUGUGCAGAUUUACAUUCACAGGCUUUUAAUAGAAUAUUUAGUACUUCUUGUUGGUCAGUGCUUGGAAAUUAUACAAUGUUUACGCAUUUAUUUGCUUGGUGGAAGUUUCUAAGAUGACAGUUUCAUUAUUAUUUUGUUUUUAUUAAUGACUUAAUGUCAUAUUGUCUAACUGUUGCUUAAGAGACAUUUUGAGCAACGGUGUGGGAAUAAAUAGGGUUGGUUUGUGAAGAUGUUUAGAAAGUUGGAAUUUUGUAAUUUGGUCUAUCAGAUUAUUUUUCACUUGGCUCAAAUAUAAGCUAGCCUAAUUAUCAGUUAAAUGUACAAUGCAAGUGAUUUUUGAGAUGGUACUUUCAGGCCCUGCUGAACCCCUGGGAGAUGGAUGGGAAUAUAUGCAUGCCAUUUAAAAAUAUAAAAAAUUUAAUUUGGUUGCAGAAAGAUGACUUGUUAAUUUUCAGAGAUUGCACACUAGAGGGCGCUAAAAUACAUAUUAAAGCUCCUCAUCAGACACGAAUUACUCUAUAAUGCUCUUUCUGUGGCACACCCCCUGUUUUGUAUAUAAAAUAUGACAAAGUUUGUAAGUCUUCUCAUAAGGACACAUAAAUUUAAAUGACCUUAUAGAUUCACCAAAGCAUACUCUAUAUGGAUAUGCUGUUUGAUGCAUUUAGCAAACCACAUCAUAAACCAUGUCACAAGGAUGAAAU